CUCUAUUUAUCCCCUAGUAACUGCAUACAUAUCGUACGAGUAGAAGCGAUGUAGAGCCGCUUUCUUGCCGUGCUUGCCUUCAUUCCUGAUCAUAAGAGGCCCGUGCUUAUAUUACAAACAUUUCAGUUGCGCCCGGGUCCGUGGAACUUGGACCUCCAGGAUCGUCACAACCGCCUCACCUUUCCAGCGCAUCGAGCACUCUCAUUGUUCGCCCUCCGCCUUCGAACGACCAGGCUUCUGCAACCUGAGCCUCACUCGUGCAUGACCGUCGCCACCGCUUAAGGCAAACGGUCAUUGGCCUGGAUGCCCGAUAGCUCAAAUCGUCUUCGAUCUCCUCGUCAACGUCGCAUUGUCUUCCGCUUCUCACCUUCGCCAUGUCCAACAACCAAAUCGCUCGCCGCGGCGCCAACAAGAAGGACAGCUACAAACCAAAGAUCGUCACAACUGUCGGCGCGAAACCCGCUUGUCUUGUCAAUGCGUCGGUGACGUACGUCGGCAACGACCAGAUCUAUGCUUUCGGUGGAUUCGAUCAAUACACUGAUGAAGUCUAUAAUCACGUCCUCCGUCUCAACUUGCAAACGCGCCAGUGGAACCUCGUUGACAACUAUGGCGACAUUCCAGGCGUGCGCAUGGGUCACACUGCAAGUCUCUGGCAAGGCGACAAACUUCUCGUCUUUGGCGGUGAAAAUGAGCACCGGACCUACCUCUCCGAUGUCAUCAUCUUCGAUCUAAAGUCCGCCCACUGGACCCAACCCGAUAUCCAUGGGAUUCCCCCAAAGGGUCGUGCGCGCCACUCCGCUGUCAUCUAUGAUGACAAGCUUUUCAUUCUCGGCGGAAUGAGCGGCCACGAGAAUUAUGUACUCGACGACAUCAGCUACCUCGACCUAAAGAACUGGACUUGGUCUCGGACGUGGAGAUUCGUGCCUCGUUAUGAUCACACCACUUGGGUCUGGGACGGCAAGAUUUGGGUCUUUGGUGGAAUGGGUGAAGAUAUGGAAAAGACGAGUGAGAUUUGGUGGCUCGAUAUCCGUGGCAGCCCUGCCUUUGAAAUGAUGGCGUACGGUAUGAACAAAGCCUCAACAGGCAGAGGCCGGGAAUCUAACGGGCCGAGUUGGAGAGUGCCGCUUACUACCGGGACUACAGGAUAUGCGGCGAACUCGAGCAGCGUUCAGUCUCAGCCGAUAACCACGAACAACAGAUCGAUGUUCGCUCCAGGAGCUAUUUCGUCGCUGAAGUUUGUCGCGAGCCAAAAUCUACCUACACAGGCUCUGGGCAACCACUUUCACGUCUUCACUUCUGGUCAACUAGUCGAUUUCGUCACCCCGGCCACGGUCAUGUCUUCGUGCGACAUCAGCUUGUCCACCCUGGACCUCGACACAUUGCGCUGGCACAAGCUCGCCGAUGGCAAAGACAUGUUCCCGCAGAAUUAUCGCUGGCACUACUGCACGCUGAACGAAGAUGGAACGCACGCGUGGCUGCUCGGCUGCCCUACCGACCCCGCCGCGAACGGCGAUUCUAAUGGAGAGUACCUCAGUGACGUGUUGCCCAUCGAUUUGACAAGAUUCGGUCUCCUUGGCAAUGCUCUGACCUCUGCAACUCGUGCAGACACUAGCAAGAUGCCUCCUUCGGACGCAAAUGGCAAUCCGAUGCUCUCAGGAAUCGGAGCUGAUUUGGCCCGGACCUUUGACCAAGCUCCCGAGACUGGCAGUGGAGCAGACUUUAUCGUCACAGGACUCCUCGAGGAGGAUAGUGACGACGAUGAUUUUGCAUCUGUAGCCGAGGAGAACGUUUCUCAGGAGAGUGCGCAGAUCCACGUGCAUAAGAUGAUUCUCCAAGCACGCUGGCCGCACUUUGCUAGGAUGUACAACUCGAAGAUGCUGGAAUUCCAUCAAAAGAAGAUGCAUAUCCCGGAGCCCUAUAGUACCGUGCGGGCUUUCUUAUACUAUCUGUAUACUGACAGCAUCAACCCACAUGGCAAUCAGGGCCCGUGCCUCACCGACGUCGCCGGUAUGCUAGUCAUGGCUAACAUUUACGUCAUGCCGCGUCUGCGCAUCCUGUGCGUCAAUAGACUCCACAAGGAACUUGACGUCGAGCAUGCCGCCAUCAUUUGGGAGCGUGCGAACACGGCUGGAGAGAACUGGCUGAAGGACCGCGCAGCCGACUUUUGUAUGACGUACUGGGGCCGCAUCGUCCGCACGAAAGGAUUUAGAAGCCUACCGAAACGCAGCCUACUGGAUCUUUGUGAAGAGAUUGACGAUCUUGGUCGCAUCCUCAGCGGUGAAGAGCUGGAGGGUCUCGGUGCCUUGAAGUACGGUUACCGUGAUUCUCGAAAGCGUAGUUUGGGCGGUGCCGGUCUCGCAACAGGCGAAGAUGCCGAUGAAGGUGAGGAGGUUGAGGAAGAGGGAAUGGAGCUGACUUGAGCUCUACACGAUCUCGUUAUCGUCUUAUUCUGGUCUCGUUCUGGUCUCGUUUUAAUCCUACAGGUAUUGCGUUAUGGUCUGAAAGUCAAUGGGUAUAGGCGUUCGCGGCUGGAAGGUAUGAGGGGGAUGGAGACUGGGUGAAGACGAGGAAUUUCUUAGUUUUUCGAGGAUUUAGCAUGGGCAGGUAGGGCUGAGUCAAAGGCGUUGUUCGGAUGGGAGGAUGCAAGGGUACGCAGAGCAAUGUAUGGUCUGGACUGGCGAAAAUGGCUUGACAAAUGCAGGGACGGGGAGUUUCUUCAGGGGUGGGAUAUCCGGAUGAUUUAGUAGCCGUCUGUCUGGCUCUAGACGACGCACCAGGGAUAAUUUUCUCUCCCGUACGAGCUUAAGAUGGAGCAUCUCAGAGCUUCUUUCGAG